AUGGUCAGGUCGACCAUUAGCAUUGAGCCUACCGCUAGCAUUCAAUCUGAAGAGCAAAAUGAAAACACUCCUUUCUUUAUCAAACCGUCCGGCUUCCGUCCCAACUCGCUCUUCGUCGGCCGAGAAGCACAACUCGCAGAAAUGCACAGAAUGCUCAUGGACAAAAGGAGAAGAGCGCAAGGAACUUCGGCUAUCUUGAUCCAGUCUUUGCCCGGUGGUGGCAAAUCCCAUCUUGCGCGGGAGUAUGUUUACGAACAUCGAGAGGAUUUCCCUGGAGGAAUCUUCUGGCUUCGUGCCAAAAGCCCAGCGGAGCUCGCCAACGGAUUUUGGGACAUCGCGAGAAAGGCAGUGCUGAAACAUUCGGUCGACAAAGAAGAUCUAGUUGCCCUUCGAGAUCCUCAGCAGUUUAUCAAGAUAGUUCGGAAGUGGCUCAAUCAUAGAGAAAACUGGCUGUUGGUGCUUGAUGGGAUACAUUUCACUGACGACGCUGAUGCGUUGCGAAAGUUCAUCCCAGAUAGCAAAAAUACCAGCUUGAUCUACACAUCGACCGAAAAGUCAGCUAGCGGCGACCACCACUUCAUGAAUCCUCAGGUUAUUAAGCUUCCUAAUCUGUCGGCUCGAGAAGCUCAACGACUUUUGCUACUUGAAAUCGAUAAAAAGGAACCAUUUUCGAAAGAAGAUUCAAAAUAUGCGAUGGAGUUGGUUCAAGCAAUGGGCUUCCUACCUGUUGUUAUCCAUGCAGUUGCGCAACGGCUGAAGGCCACGGAAGAGCCGUUGUCGAAGUUUGCAAAGUCUUAUUCGAAUGAGCCGAGACUGAGAGGUCUGGGAACAUAUAUGGCGGUGGUUGAUCAAUUGAAAGCGCAUGAUUCUCUUGAAGCAUUGAAUCUCAUUCAAAUACUUUGUUUCUUCAGUCAACAUAUUCCUGUUGAGAUGGUUGCUCUCGGUCUAAGGGCGCUUGAUGUUGACGUGAAAGCUACUGAGCCAGUCACGGGACAUUCCCUCAAUACCACCUUCAAGCACCUGAACAUGUUCGCCUUGAUCGAUAGAGAUCACAAUCAUGAUCACGAAGAGACGCUUCAAUCAUCUCAAAGCUCGAAGAGCACCGGGGAAAUACUUGCAGAUAACGUCGAUGUCAUCCGGAUACACAGUGUCGUACAAGGAUUCUUCAUCGACACCCUCAGUGCUGCUGGAACACUUCCAAUAUGGCUGGACAGGGCUGCGCGUCUUUUCUGCUGUUCAUACGACCACGCCAACAUCAGAAUCACAAAAAAGACCCACGCAGGCCUUGUGGAAGAUUACCGGCUUUACGAGAUCCAUGGAAUUCGACUGCGAGAUCAUUUGGUGCGUCACAGCAAGAAGUGGCCCGAGCUUAAAGAAGCGCACCAGACACUAGAUCAAUAUCUCGAGGUGAUCCAAUCUGAGAUCGAGCGAAGAACACCGGAAUCUUCACAGACAAUUGCUGGAGGUCGAUCUGACGCAUUUCAGACCUCGAUCUUUGAUCGGACAAGUAGUUCUUCGGACGCUGGUCCAGAGACUCCAAGCGAUAGGCUAACAUCCCGUGUAUCAACGUUCGGGUUUGAGCCUGAGAAGAAUCUGCUUGAAUCUCCUUUAAGCGUCACGCAUGAUAACGAGUAUACUCGACUAGUAGAAAUGAGAGAAGGCCAUGGAGCUCCGCGAAACCACCUCCAAUUACUGGCGACGGAAGAUGACGGCUACGAUAGCGAUAGAGAAGGAUCUACGGCGAUGACAUUACAGCCUUCUCAGCAGACUUUACAUCCUCCAGAGACGCCAAUUAGCCCAGAUGGUGUAUGGGAGACUGUUCAACCUCGUCGAUCGAAACGGCCACGAGAGCUAGAUCUUCACCGGACAAUCACUCGAUUGGAGAAGAGCAAAUACAGGGACCGGGCUGGCUCAUUCCGUGCGAUGAGCGCCAUUGAUCCUAGACUGAGCACCGAGAACGCUCAUGGCUACGUGCAAAGAUCAUCUUCCAGAGCUCAAUCUCGAGGCAGGAUGUCUGGUCACUCCCAUGCUGAGGUUGCUCUGACAAACAUCACCGCAAGCAGCCCUCCGCCUGCUAGAGGAGGAGGUAAAAUUGUCGGUCGUCAGUCGUCAUCAACAAGAGAAAAGUCACAUCUUGUCGCUGGUUCCGCUUCAUAUGCUUCUGCUGUGGCGAGUACAACAAAGGAUACAAUUCCAGGUUUUCAAGAGAUGCUUCGGCAAAGAAGUGAACCUUCGAGGAGACCUGGUACUAGCACCUCUACUGCGGAAUCCGCAUCUCGGAAUUCGGCUUUAGAGUCGCUACAAAGGUACCCUAUUGAAGUCCUUCGGCAUUCUGCAGAACCAAGAGUUCUGACUCUGAUGCCACCGUACCCCCAAACCCCUGGUACAGAUCCCGAUGUGACAUACGAACAGCCUUUCCCUGACAAAGCAUUGUAUGAUAACCGCAGCUAUAGCCAAGAAAAUCUCCACUUAGGCCCAGCUCCCUACUCAACAAAUAUAUAUCCUCGCAUGCCCGGCACAAUCCCAGUCGAGACCCGGGAUUCCUCCUCGUCACCACUGAAGCGAAGUCUCCCACACGACUACCCAGCAUGGCACUCGCAGGCCUACUCAGACAGCAUGUCAAAAUCCAUGCUCCUGCCUCCUCGCCCACAAACCCAAACCUCCAAUCCAACCCCACCCUAUCUUUCCCUCUCCUCCCCCAACAUCCGACGCCCACACUCCAAUUCCUCACCCCGCCCCUCAACCUACUACCCUGGGCACCCCGAACUCUCCUUCACCAGCCCGCCCAACCAACAUAACGGCGGCUACACCUCGCAACCCAUGUCGCGCGAUCCCUCGGGCCAAUCUGCCAGCUCUGCCGAACAAGGAAGAAGACGGCGGCGUUUAAGUCUAGCGGAAACAGAACCUUUACCCCAACUCCCAGCAUUCAGUCCCGUCAUUCUGCCUACAAGCUACCAGGUUUAUGAGUGUAUACAAGAACGGAAGUUGUUGGACGAGAUGAUGGCGGCGGAUAGGGGGCGCAAACCGGGUGGUCCAGUGCGCAAGAGUCCGCGGUUGGGGAAUGCGAGGGCGGCGUUGAUUGAGAGGUUGGAUGACGGUGUUGAAAAGUAA